GCAAUAAAAAAAAAUUGCCCACGCCCGACUCUUCUUCACUCGAGCCAAACCCCCUCAACUCAACUGCUGAACGCAGAGUUCGAUCUAGCACGCGCAGCGGCGGCCGCCGCCCACAAUGGCGUCCCUUUUCAAGGACCCGAGCAAGCUCUCAGCGUACAGGGACCGCCGAUUCAAGGGCACACAGGAGGAGUAUGAGGCAACGCUGCAUGCGUCGACAACGCUGUACAUUGGGAAUAUGUCCUUCUACACCACGGAGGAGCAGGCCUACGAGCUCUUCUCCCGCGCUGGCGAGAUCAAGAAGAUCAUCAUGGGGCUCGACAAGAACUCUAAGACCCCAUGCGGUUUCUGCUUCGUACUGUACUACUCCAGGGAGGAUGCUGAAGAUGCUGUCAAAUACAUCAGUGGAACGAUGCUUGACGAUCGUCCAAUCCGUGUUGAUUUCGAUUGGGGCUUUGAAGAAGGCAGGCAAUGGGGCCGUGGACGAAGUGGUGGACAAGUGAGAGAUGAGUACCGUACAGAUUAUGAUCCUGGUAGAGGUGGUUACGGUAAGAUGGUUCAGAGGGAACUAGAAGCACAAAGAGAACUAGUUGACUAUGGUGGAUCUUUCCAACCAAAUGCACCACCUCCCUAUGAGAGAGGUGAGCGGAAGAGAGGAUACGGGGACUCUCAUAGGAAUGACAGAGGAGAUUACCAGCGGAAACGCUACCGGAGCAGCGAUGACCGGUCAGCACCAGAGGAGUCCAAGAGAGCGCCCGACUCUGAUCCAGCGGUAUUAGCAAUGCUCCUUGUCAGGAGACUCACUGUUUCACUCUCUAUCCCACUCCCUAUUUCAAAUUUCACUCUAAAGACAGUAUAAUCUAGAGUGCAAAACAGUACUUUACGCGACAGUUCAUAUGACCUACUGGAGAUGGCCUUAUGCCAUGGCCCCUUAUUAUGCCUUGUUGACCUGACCAGAGAGGUAUUCAUAAACAGUCGACGUUUCAUUUACAGGAGAAGAAUCCUAGAUUUCGCGAGAAAGGUGACUCUGAUGAAGAAGAGGAUGACUACGACAAGAGACGUCGUCGCUAAAGCUGUGUGGAACAGUCGUUGCUACAUGCAGCUGUUCUGGUGUCCAGUCGCUGCAGAAGAGUCCACAGCGAGCAGCAGUAUCCGGAUUUCGCCCUGCUGUGCCUGUACUGUUCCUCCUUUUCGGGCUAGUUUGGAGCCACAAAACUAGAGCAGAUUGGAGGGGCCAAAAUACACUUCUUAUUCAAAAUUUGAAUAAUAAGUGGAUUUUUGUUUCUCCAAUCCCUUCCGGUUUUAUGGCUCCCAAACUAGUCCAUCUAGUGCGUCGGUUUUACAUGUGGUUCAAGUGGGGUACUGUGUGCUAACAGAUACAACAACGAGGCUUGUCUGUAUGUCUGCUGACACUAGAGACCAAUGCAUAUAAUGAUUCUAAUUUAGGCCCCGUUUGAUGAUUCUAA